AUGACGGAUUUACUACAACACUACUCCGACCCAGAGGUGAAUGUGAUGCCAGUCCUGCAAGCUCUGGACGUGGUCGCGCGUCACGUGGCGUGCCAACGUCUCACUGUCGUCGGGCGCGACCUGUACACGUUGAAGGACCCGCAUUCAGUGCACGGGGGCAAGGAGUUGUGCUGGGGAUACCACCAAGCCAUUCGGAAGGCGGAGGACAAGCUGGUUCUGAAUCUGAACGAGACCUCUGCGGUCUUUUACACCCCGGGGUCCCUCAUGCAGUUGACGUUGAGUGCACUGCGUGCGAAGGACCCGAGCAGAAUUCGCACGUUGUCAAAGCUCGAGCUGAAGAAUCUCGCGCACGCACUGCACAACGUCGAAGUGAAGCCCACGCACCGUGAGGGCCGCGCUCGUGCCAUCUACGGCGUCAGUGCUGAGCCUGCAGAUCAACUACUGGUGAAUAUCAAGGGCAAAGAGCAGACUGUCGCGGAGUACUUCGACUCGAAGUAUGCCAAGCGUCUCAAGUAUCCAAGACUGCCGUGCGCCAACGUAGGCAGCAAACGUCCAGGCAAAGAGACCUGGCUGCCUAUCGAAGUGUGCGAGGUGGUACCGGGGCAGCACUGCGCCAACGCGGACGAGUUGGAUUCGCCGUCGAUCACGAAGUUGACUGCUAUUCCUCCUGCAAAGCGUGAGAGGAACAUUCUGGACCAUGUGAAGGACGCCACUUUCUCGAACGACCCGUAUCUCGCAGCGUUCGGAAUGAAAGUGAUGCUGAAAAUGGAGACGACAAAUGCGCGCGAGUUGGAGCCGCCGUGUGUGCAGUAUCGAAACACUUCGGAGCGUCCCAGGAACGCUGAGUGGCGCCUCAAGGACAAAAUCAUGGUGAAGGGCGUUCCGUUUAAGCAUUGGGGCGUGCUGAUUCUUGAUGAAGUGGAUGCGUCUGUUGUUCGUAAGUUUGUGCGCAUGCUGUGCGACGUUGGGCGUCAGCGUGGACUCUUCAUCAAGAACAACGAUCCGGUGUUCAUCCACCAGAAUGAUCAACGCACUACAGACGUGGAGGAGUUGGUGCGCAUCUGCUACCAGCGCGUCGCAGAGCGUGGCCCGCCCGAAAUGCUGCUUGUGGUGCUGCCUGACACUCGUUCGUGGCUGUAUGGACCGGUUAAGGUAAUGGCGGACACGGUUCUGGGCGUCUCCUGUCAGUGCGUCGCCUCCAAGAACCUGCGCAAGGCGAACGCUGCCUUCUGCGCUAAUGUCUGUUUGAAGCUCAAUAUGCGACUGGAUGGCAAGAACGCCGUGCUGCGCGACCCGCUUCCACUGCUGAGUACGUCACCGACGAUCAUUAUUGGAGCGGAUCUGGAGCACCCGAGGCCUGGCAUGGGCUCGCAGCCGUCGAUCGCGGCAGUGGUUGCGUCGAUGGACGCCUACUCGGCCCAGUAUGCUGCGCGGAUGGGGGCUCAAAAAGCGUCGGAGGACAUCCAGAAGCUGCCCAACAUGCUGCGCGAGUUAUUUCACGCGUACUACGAGCGCACCAAGCGCAAACCGGAGCACGUGGUGUACUACCGAGAUGGUGUGGGCGACGGCCAGUACUCUGACAUCCUGAAGGCCGAGAUCCGCGCUCUGCGCAAGGCGUUCAAGAUGAUCUCGGACAACUACAGCCCGCCGAUCACGUUCAUCGUGGCCAACAAGCGCCACCACACGCGCGCCUUCCCCGUGGAUCGCCGUGAUGCCGACCACAAGGGCAACGUGAAGCCGGGAACGGUGGUCGACUCUGGUGUGCUGGACCCGCACCGAUUCGACUUCUUCCUCUACGGCCACAGCAGCCUCCAGGGGACGAGCAAGCCGUGCCACUACACAGUGCUGUACGACGAGAACAACCUGUCGGCCGACGAUAUUCAACUGCUGACGUACCAUCUCGGGUACACGUUCUCGCGCUCCACCCACGCGGUGUCGGUCGCUGCUCCCGUUUACUACGCGAAUGAGGCGGCGGCGCGCGCGCGUCACUUUUUGAAGGAAGCCCCGCAGGAGGAGGCGUCCGAGAUUGCGGGCAGCUCGAGUGGGGCCAAGUUCCUGUUCGCAAAGGUGCACAAGAAUGUGCUGAACAAAAUGUUUUUCAUUUGA